AUGGGUGAUUUAGGCCACAUAGAGUCAGAGGCACGACCGGACCUCACUUUGUCUAGUGAAUCAAGAUUCGCUGCAACAUGGCAUAAGCAAUACUUGAAUACGCAAUUAUUUUCGACCGAUGUACUGGUAGUGGGUGGUGGUCUGGGUGGAGUGGCUGCUGCGUUAGGCGCUUUGCGCAGAGGACGACGAGUCGUCCUGACCGAGGAGUACGAAUGGUUAGGAGGUCAAUUGACCAGCCAGGCUGUCCCACCUGACGAACAUACCUGGGUCGAGCAGUUUGGCGUCACUCGUUCUUAUCGAGCAUUGCGUGAUGGCAUUCGGCAAUACUACCGUGAUCAUUAUCCCCUGACGGAGGAAGCCAGAAAACGACCGCAGCUCAAUCCUGGUGCUGGGCAUGUCAGCAAACUCUGUCAUGAGCCUCGCGUUGCUGUAGCUGUAAUCGAUGCUAUGCUAUCACCAUUCCUUGGCUCGAGGCAGCUUUUGAUCAAGAGGCGGACGAAGCCGAUCUCAUGUCGGAUGGAAGGCAGCCAGAUUCGUGCGGUCGAGUUCCGCCAUCUCGACACUGGGACCACAUUCACAGUCCAGGGGGACUACGUGAUUGAUGCGACGGAAUUAGGAGACCUGCUUCCAAUGAGCAAUACUCCGUACGUGACAGGUUUCGAAUCCAGGAAAGAAACUGGUGAGCCGAGCGCACCUGAAGAAGCCCAGCCAGACAACUCGCAAGCUGUUUCCAUCUGCUUCGCCGUCGAUCACACUGAAGGGGAAAAUCAUACCAUUCCCAAGCCAGCGACAUACGACUAUUGGCGCAAAUGCCAACCCGCCUUCUGGGGUGCACCUCUCCUUGGCCUGGUUGCGCCGCAUCCACGAACGCUGGAACUAGUUGAGCGUGAAUUCACGCCUAACCCUAAUGACGACCCUGCACUGGUCUUCGCCGACCAACGGCGGUCUGGCGGAGACAUGAACUUGUGGACCUUCCGCCGUAUCGCAGCCCGCGACAACUUCAAACCAGGAGCCUAUCAGUCCGACAUCUGCCUAGUGAAUUGGCCAAUGAUCGACUACUUUGAGCAGCCCAUAAUCGACGUCCCCGAGCGUGACUUUGAAGAGCGGCUUACCGGAGCGGCCUCGCUAUCCUACAGCAUGCUCUACUACCUUCAAACUGAAUGUCCACGAGCAGACGGGAGCGGCAAAGGCUAUCCGGGUCUGCGACUUCGAGGCGACGUCAUGGGUACUGAGCAUGGACUUGCCAUGGCGCCGUAUAUUCGGGAAAGCCGGCGUAUCAAAGCCCUUACGACGAUCCUGGAGCAAGACUUGUCAUUGGAAGUACGUGGCGACAAGGGAGCUGUGCAGUACCCCGAUAGCGUUGGCGUCGGCAUGUACCGAAUCGACCUACACCCUUCCACUGGUGGAGACAGUUAUAUCGAUGUCGCAUGCUGUCCGUUUCAGAUUCCUCUCGGGGCACUCAUCCCACAGCAACGGAGUAAUCUCCUCGCCGGCUGCAAGAACAUUGGCACCACGCAUAUCACGAAUGGGUGCUAUCGUCUGCAUCCGGUGGAAUGGAACAUUGGCGAGGCUGCUGGGUUGUUGGCAGCGCACUGCUUGGAUACGGGUUUCCAUCCACAAGAGGUACAAGGAAAGAAAGAUCUCUUCGAUCAAUUUCACCAGAUCCUUCUAUCAGAAGGCAUUGAGACGUCUUGGCCCGAUGUCUCGGGUUAUUAG